UGAUAACCCUGAUGUAUCAUUCGCAGUUUGCUAGUGAAACAUAACUAACUAACAAUGGCAUCAAAGUUCGUGAUCGUAGCUCUUCUGGUGGCGGCUGCUCAGGGCAGCGCGAUCCACGGCGGCGACUACACCAGCUUCUCGUACGGCGUGUCCGACCCGCACACCGGCGACGUGAAGAGCCAGCACGAGACCCGCGUCGGAGACAGCGUGGUCGGCCAGUACUCGCUGCUCGACUCCGACGGCACAAAGCGCACCGUCGACUACGCCGCUGACGCGCACUCCGGCUUCAACGCCGUCGUCCGCAAAGACCCCGCUCUGCUCGCUCACGCCGCUCCCGUGCUCGCUCACGCCGCUCCCGUGGUGGCGCACGCCGCUCCCCUCGCCUACGCCGCCCCCAUCGCUCACGCCGCUCCCGUCGCUCACGGCUACUCCCACGGCGUGGCCACCUACGGCGCGGUCGCCGCCGCUCCCCUCGCGUACAGCGCCGGAGUGUACGGCGCGCACGCCGCUCCCCUCGCCUACGGCGCCGGACUGUACGGUGCUCACGCCGCUCCCCUCGCUCACGGUGCCAUCGCUUACGGCGCUCACGGUGCUCACGGCGCUCAUGGUCUCUACGGCGCCCACCUCUACUAGAUAAUGAUAAAAUAUGUUAUUUAUUAUGAAAAACCAAUGAACAAAUGCUGUGAUCAAAUAAAGUAGUUCCAAGAACGAA